UAGAGUAUUUCAAAGUAUAAAAGGUGCACAUAAUGGACGUGAGCUUGCCAGUAGGAUUUUGUACGUGCUAUCUGGAAAUUCGCAAGGCAAGAGACCGCUCCAUCAUAUUUGCAUAAUGUACCUUCGGACAAUUUUCCUGCUGAAUCUGGUGGCUCUGGUGCUAGCUGCGGAUAAACCGAUCGCCAUCGUCAGUCAAAGUCAAGAUAUCAGUCCGGAUGGAAGUUUUUUCUCCAAAUGGGAAACCGCUAAUGGCAUCGCCGUCGAGGAGGAGGGUGUUCUGAAGAAUCGUGGCCAAAAUGAUGCGGAGGCCGAAGAAGUUCGCGGGUCGGCCUCGUGGACGGCGCCAGAUGGAACGAGAAUCAACCUUGGCUGGCUAGCCAACGAAAAUGGUGUCUCUUUCCAAGGGGCACAUCUGCCAACACCACCACCCACGCAGCCCAUACCAAUUCUUAUUCAGCGCGCCCUCGACUGGAUAGCUGCUAAUCCCUCUAGAGAUGAGAGGAACAGACUAUAGUUUUCUACGAUGUUUCAUUCUUGCUACGAUCGUUUAAAGAAAUCAGCUUUCACGUGUUUCUCCCUCAAAUCAUUUAACUCUUUGAAGGAGAAUUUUUAACACUUGUGUUGUUUGUAACUUUUACAAAUUUUUGUAAUCAAUAUGAAUAGAAUUGAAAGUGUGAAUGAUGAAUCGUUCAGAUGUAAUGCAUAUGUAAAGAGACUAGGUGAACUUUAUUGGAAAUAAAAAGUUUUAGUCCUUGAGA